UAUGUUGCUUAUCACAGCCAAAUGCUUCCCAGAGUCCCAACGACCAUUCCAUUCCACAACUUGCCCCACCCAGCGCUCCAACGAGCAUAUUCUCUCUCUCUGUACGACUGAAGCGCCGGCCCACCCUCGAAAGGCACAAUGGAUGUGAGAGUUGGGCUCGCUCUUGUUAUAUUGUUGGGUGCUACUUGGGCUUGUGAUGCUAGAAAACUUGGGAACACUGAAUUGGAUAGUGGGAAUGGAAGGAUUUAUGAGAUAACAGUUAUACAAACCAACUAUCAGGAUCAAGAUAGUGAACUAAGUGAAGUUCAAAGUUUGAAAGAAGUUUCAGGUAAUGACAGAGUUUGUACAUUGUGUGAGGAGUUUGCUACACAGGCACUUGAUUACCUUGCUGAAAACAAGACCCAUACCGAGAUCUUUGAUGCCCUCCAUCAGGCCUGCUCUCAGAUAGGCUCUUUCAAACAUGAGUGCAUCACUUUGGUGGACUAUUAUGCUCCUCUGUUCUUCUUAGAGGUUUCAUCUGUACAACCUCAAGAAUUCUGCCGAAAAGUCAAUCUCUGUCAACAAAUUGCCAAGAUUUCUUUGCAACUUCAUGAAGACAGCUGUGGGCUUUGCCACCGUACUGUUUCAGAAAUAAUAGUUAAGUUGAAAGAUCCUGACACACAGCUAGAAAUCAUUGAAUUGCUUUUGAAGGCAUGCAAUUCCAUGGAGAACUAUGUGAAAAAGUGCAAGAGAAUGGUUUUCGAGUAUGGACCUCUGAUCCUAGCCAAUGCAGAGAAAUUUCUGGAAACAACAGACAUAUGCACCGUUCUUCACGCCUGCAAUUCACCUGCAGCUAGUAGCAAUGAAGCAUCACAUGUGGCAAAGAUAUCCUUGCUAUCUGAUUCUUAAUUGUGCCAGACAAACCCAGUGGCAUGAAAAUGUGUGAGCAGACGCUUAUAUUAUACUCAUUCAAGGUGUGUGUGCAUGAUAAUGUAGUGACAUAGUGUUACUGGUGCUAUGUUGUACAAUAUGUGAUAUGUGCUCCAAAUCUAAUGCUUGCACGAAAGUGACUCUGAAAA